AUGGCACAAUUCCAGACUGACAACGUCGCAUUGCUGGGUGACUUUAACCUUGUUCCGGACUCUGCUAUGGACCGGUGCGCCGGACCGGGUGCGACCCGACAGGGACUGGCGGCCUGGGCGGACACGUAUGGCCUUACGGAUGUGUGGAGGUGGAGGUAUCCGGGUGUCAAGGCCUUCACUUGCCAUUCGGCUACUCACAAAUCCUUCUCUCGUAUAGACCUGGCCUAUGUGGGGGCUCCGGUCCUGCCCAGGGUCCGGGAUGUUCUUAUCCUACCUAGGGGUAUAUCCGACCACGCGCCGCUGCUCCUAUCACUGACAAUAUCGACUGACCCGACUGAUAGACUCUGGAGACUUUCCAGAUUCUGGAUCACGGAUGCGGAGGUGGAGCCUCGGUUCCAUGACUCUCUCAGGCAAUACUGGUCUGACAACCCGGGCACGGCGGCAGAGACCUCUGUAUGGGACGCCUUUAAGGCCUCCUCCAGGGGACAGUAUCAGUUGAUCAUAGCUGCAGUGCGACGGGAGCGCAGGGCGGAACUUGUUAGAGCCGAGGGGGACGCGAGCAGACAGGAGGCCCUCUAUAUUCGGACUCGGGACCAUCGCCACUAUGACCGGUUGCAGCUAUUGACGAGACAGACUCUCCUACUGCGGACAUCCCUGACGGAAAAAAGACUACUACACCAGUCGCAGCGUAUCUUCGAGCAGGGGGAGAGGACGGGUAGACUCCUGGCCUGGCUGUCCAAGGAACAGUCCGGGGUCACCGCUAUUGCUCAAAUUCUGGACUGUGCGGGGACUUCCCACUAUACCCCGGGGGAAAUCAACCGAUGUUUCGCCACCUAUUAUCAGGUACUUUACAGCUCUAGAGUGGAUUACGAACAAUCUGCCUUGGUUGAUUACCUGGAGGCGGUGGACGUCCCUGUCCUCACCCCCUCGGUGGCGAAGAGAUACUGCCAGCUCAGGCAUGCCCUCGCCUCACAUUUCACGGCUCCUGUGACCCUCGAGCCUGAUUCAAUUGAGCGCCUCUUGAUCUCGGGGGUGAUGGGGAGUCCUUUGUCCUCCCUUUACCUCCGACUCACGGUGGCUCAUGAUGUGGACACAGCUGGGGCUUUGGGCAAGUGGAGUGCGGAUAUCCCUGAUAUUGACGAAGAGAACUCUGCUCACCGAUGUGAUAUGACUAUGAGGAAUUAUACAUUUGAGUACAAGUAUUCUCAGGAUGGAGACAUCAUUAUAGGAGGGAUAUUCGCUGUACAUUCUGUAGUGACAGAGUGGAAGCAGAAAGAAAGUCUUAGUUAUAAUCUCAUGUGUUCAGGGGUUUAUGAGAGAGAAUACAGACAUCUCCUGGCUUUUAUAUUUGCUAUUGAUGAGAUAAACCGCAGUCCAGAUAUUCUUCCCAACAUAACUCUGGGAUAUCAUGUGUAUGAUUCUUGUGGACAUGCGAAUAAAGCUAUAAAAGACGUUCUACAGAUAUUGUCUGGACAUACAAAGGAAGCUCCAAAUUAUUCCUGUAUGGAGCGGGGUGCCCUGGCUGGUUUCAUUGGAGAUCUCCAUUCUGACACCACUCUCCAAAUGGCCCAGCUGCUGAGUCUAUAUGGUUACACCCAGAUUAGUUAUGGAGCCAGAGAUACUUUGCUGAGCGAUAGAAAAACGUAUCCAAACUUUUUCCGGACAGUUCCGGAUGAUGAGAUGCAAUAUGUGGCCAUAGCAAAGUUACUGGAAAGGUUGAAGUGGAACUGGGUCGGGAUCCUUACAUCUGAUGAUGAAUACGGAGAGAGGGAAUUCCGACAUCUCAGCAAACAUUUAUCUGAUCAUGGAAUUUGUAUUGAAUUAAAGAUUCUGGUGUCUCUGUCCCGCUAUGUAAAAGAAGUCCAGUACAAGGAUCCGAAUGGCGAGGUCAUGAUUUUUAAUGAUAAAGGAGAACUACCCAGUCCAAUGUUAAUUGCAAAUUGGAUUACAAGUAUUAAAGAUACAAAUCGCACUGAAUGGAUGAUUGUGGGUCACUUUGAUGGGUCCCUUUCAGAGGGUCAGCAACUUACACUAGAUCCAGAGCGAAUAUCAUGGAAAGGAGACAAGGUCCCAAGAGGUCAAUGCUCCGAGGAAUGUCUUCCGGGGUUCAGAAAAUCUGUAAGAGAAGGAUAUCACCCAUGUUGUUAUAAUUGUGUUCCGUGUUCAGAAGGAGAAAUAUCAAACCAAUCUGACAGUGAACUCUGCAAGAAGUGUCCUGAAAAUGAAUGGCCUAACAAAGCUAAAACUAUUUGUAGUGACAAGGUCAAUGAGUAUUUAUCAUACGAGGAGGACAUUCUAGUUUUAUUUUUUUCUAUAACUUCAGUCAUAUUUGCUACAACAUCUCUCCUUAUACUUGGACUAUUUGUUUGGUUUCGGAGCACUCCCAUAGUCAGAGCCAAUAACCGGAACCUCAGCUUCAUUCUGCUCCUCUCCCUCAUACUGAGCUUCCUUUCUGUAUUCCUGUUCCUUGGCCGUCCUGUGGAUAUUACCUGUAUGCUGCAACAAGUCACUUUUGGAGUUCCCUUCACCAUCUCAGCAUCUUCUAUCCUCGCCAAAACCAUCAUGGUCUUCAUUGCUUUUAAAGCCACCAGACCUGGAAGCUCUUGUAGAAAAUGGGUGGGAGUCAAACUUCCCAAUACAGUCAUGUUAUUCUGCUCAUCCAUUCAGGUUAUGAAUUGCAUUCUCUGGUUGUCCAUCUCUCCACCAUUUCAGGAGUAUGACAUGGACUCCUAUCCUGGGAAGAUCAUCAUUCAGUGUAAUGAAGGGUCAGUUAUCGGCUUCUACUCUAUGUUGGGUUAUAUGGGGUUUCUGGCAGCUGUGAGUUUUCUUCUGGCUUUCAUGGUGAGGACAUUACCGGACAGUUUUAAUGAGGCCAAGUACAUCACCUUCAGCAUGCUGGUGUUCUGCAGUGUCUGGAUUGCCAUGAUCCCGGCCUAUCUGAGCACCAGAGGGAAAUACAUGGUGGCUGUGGAGAUAUUCGCCAUACUGACCUCCAGUGCUGGAAUAUUAUUGUGUAUGUUUUCUCCAAAACUCUACAUUUUACUUUUCAAACCUGAACUGAACACAAGAGGGACAAUGCUGGGGAAGAGAAUUAUGUAA